UCUCACUUCCCCUCCCUCUCUCCCUCUCUCUCCCUCUCGCUCUACCAGUGUGCACAUUCUGCUCAGUCCCUGCUUUUUUCUCUCUCUCUCUCGUUUGCACUCCCUCUCUCUCAGCAUCGGCAGCAGCAGGGCAGGGAAGCAGCUGUCUCCCUGACUCGAAUACCAGAGCAACCGGUCUGCUGGAUCAGCAUCCUCGGCUAAAACCACAGGAGGGUCAGGCUGUAAAGCCGGAGAGUCUGUGGUGGAGAUCUCUAAUCAUCCCAAAUUUAUCCCUGGAGGGACAAAAACCAGCAAAAACUGCAACAAAUCACAUCGUUGACUGGAAGGCUGCCGUUCCACAUAGAGGGACCUGAAGUAGAGGAGCGGGGAGAGGAGCUGUACAGGGUGGUUUUCAACUGCUCCCUCUCUCUUUCUAUAUCUCCUUCACUGUCUUUUUUCUGAGAGGAUCCUUAUCCUCUCUUUCUCUUCUUCUCUUUUUCUCAGUACAGGAAUGUAGCUGGCGGAUAAGGGGCAGGUUUCUAGCUUUCUGCUGCAUUAACAGGCAGUGCACAGAGACGGCGGGGCAGAGAGCGGACAGCUUGGGGAAACCUGAGCUACGAUAGGAGAGGAAGGGGAUAACGCAUCGCAAACGACAGAUUUAUCCACCCUUUACUGCCUCCAUUCACCCAUCCUUUUCUCUCUCUAUCUCUAAGCUCUAGGGUUGUUUUUUCUCCUUGUUGCCGUCAAUGGAUUCUGUAUUUUUCCCCACUGGAGAAUAGCAAACAACUCAGUGCUGGGAGUUGGCUUGGUUUUGCUCCAAAACUGAAGACAAAAAACAUAAAAAGGAGAGUACCUUUGUGAGGGGGGGAUGUUGUAGAGAGCAGGUGGUCUGGAGAGGGAGCAACAACACACCCAGGGCAAAUCUCUCUUCUCUCUGACGGGAGGGACAGGUUUCUGGGGCUGGGUAGCUGACUCAGCUAAGGAGAGAGAGCUGCAGAAACCCCAGGAUCCUGUGUGCUUUGCCUAUUUAGGUGAGGGAUUCAUAAUAGCCCCUGCAAGUUUUUCCUCAUCGGCAUCCAUAACCCAAACGCCCCAUCUUGGAAUAUUGACGUAGGGAAUGAGAAAGGGUGUGAAAUAAAGAGGGCUGGGUUUGAUCAGUGCCAACAGAAGAGUGUGCUGCGACAAGGAGUGAUUUAUAAUUUAUUUAUCACAGAGGGAUUUAUAGCUGUUCAGUCCCAUUUCUAUUCUCCACUUCAUCUAUUUUGUUUGGAUUGUCCUUGGAGUUGGAAGUCUUGGUUGCUUUUGGACAGGAUUCAAACGGGACUAAAGAUAAUUCCAAGUUCCAACGCAUCUACAUCGGCUUUUUCCACCUCUUUUGUGCAUCUCUGAGUGUGUCUGAGGGUGUUUGUUUGUACGUAUCUGUGUGUGUGUAUGCGUUUGUCAGCAUCUCAUUGUGUGUGUUUCUUUCUUGAUGUCCGGCGUUGUCGGCUGCCAUUCUGCCUCGUGCUGCCCAUGCCUGUCACGCGCCUGGCCCCAAGGUUAACCCUUGCUAAGCCGCGUGCAGGAUGAGCGAGAGCUCCGGAGCAGUCACAUCCGGGGCGGUGAUCCUGGAGGAGUGUCCAGAGAGGAGUGGGGAGCGAGAGCAGGUCCAAGCCCAAGAGCCAGGGCCCCUGCGCUGUGGAGGCUGCACCCUGUGGCCCCGCCAGCAGACAUGGCUAUGUGUUGUCCCUCUACUCAUAGGCUUCAUUGGCUUGGGACUAAGCCUGAUGCUGCUCAAAUGGAUUGUGGUGGGCUCUGUUAGGGACUACGUGCCCACAGACCUGGUGGACGCCAAGGGUAUAGGACAGGACCCCAUGUUUCCCCCCCAUCUCUCCAAGCCCAGCGCCUUGCCCAAGAACUCAGACACUACCAGUACCACCACCACGGUGGGGUUGGCCAUUACUACCGUGGCCAACCCCACCUCAACCACCGUCACGGCAGUGAGGGGCAGAACUCGAACUGUCGUCACCCACCACCCCGGUGGCACAACUACUACAGCCAGGGUGGGUGGUGCAUCAGGCAGCCAGGUUACGCCUCGCAGCACCACACAGCGCCAGGGCAACUCUGGGGGUGGAGGACCACGAGGCCCCCUUAUUACCACAACCACCGCCGCACCAGUUGCCGCCUCCACUUUUACCACCUCCAGCCGUAAACCUUCUAACCCCACUGUGCUGCACGACUCCACACAAAUGUGGACCCACGAGCACACCACAGAGAGGCCUGCCUCCACUCCCACAUGGACCCUUGUGAACCCAAAAACACUGUCACCCACCAUUCCUCCAUUGGUCUCAGAGCAUUUCAAGCAAUGUCACGAGAAGGACCUGGCUUACUGCUUGAACGAUGGAGAAUGCUUCGUCAUCGAGACGCUGAGUGGUCCACACAAACAUUGCAGGUGUAGAGAAGGCUACCAGGGUAUACGCUGUGACCAGUUCCUGCCCAAGACGGACUCCAUCUUAUCUGAUCCAACAGAUCACUUGGGCAUUGAGUUUAUGGAGAACAAGGAGGUGUACAAGAGACAAGUACUGUCAAUCACCUGCAUCGCCGUGGGGAUAAGCGUUCUGGGCACGCUCUGUAUGGCUCUCUACUGUCGGAACAAGAGACGCAGGGAAAAAGUCCAGGCCCACUUGAAAGAGAGUCGCAGCCUGAAGAACUACAGCGCCAAUGCCUCUGCCCUGGAGUCCAAACCCGGCCUGAGGCCUAACACGGGCCUGCAGCUGCAGAAUUAUUGUAAGAAGUCCUCCCAGCCACAUGAGGGAGCUGUCUGGGAGUCCAGCUUUGCCCAGUGCAACACCACCCCUACCAACAACUCCAGAGGUCCAGGCACAGCAAAAUACUACAGAAGCGGCUCCCUGUCUCACAGUCCAGACCAGAGAAGUAGAGCCACCCACUGGUCAGUACCGCGCAGAACUCUGCCUAUACCCAGGGGAAGGCUAAAUCCAAAUGGAGGAUCCAAACAUUCUGGCCCCGCCUACCAACACCUCCAGGAGUUGGAGUCGUCUGAGAGGGAGGUUGAAUCAUUGAGAGGGUGCCAGAUGGUGAGGGCCGGGAGCGACCCGCGACAGGAUUCCUUUCUAAAUAUGCAACCUCCCGUGUCGGUAGAGCAGUCGUGGGAGAGCAGGGUGGAGGUGCGCUGCUGUCCUUUGGACCAGGGCCGGGACCAUGACAUCUCCACCUCCACCUGGAGCAUCAGGCGUCCCAGCCGCUCUUCCCCUCCUCCUUUCCGGACCUGCUCCAUCCCCAUCAUCCCCUCAGUCCAGGGCCACCAGGACGAGGUCUCCUGUUUGCAAGCAGCCACUGGCUCAGCCACCUGCAGCACCACGCCCAGUAAGGAAGUAUUAGGGCGCUCCCUCAUCAUGCUGCACCCCGCAUCCACCCCCUGCUCCUCCUCUAUGGGGGGCCAGCAGGACGAGGUGGCCCUUCUCCUAGAGGAGGCCCAGGAGCAUCUCAGGGCUCUGGCUCUGGCCCACAGGAAGCAGGAAGACAGCGUCGGCUCCGCUCACCAACUGCCCAGAGAGACUGUGUGCUUCCUGACACUCAAUGGUGGAGGAGCGGGGGGGUUGAGCCCUAAUGGACCCACUGAGACCCAGUUACUGAGCCCUAGAGAACCUCACAGAGACUCAGCCCAGCCCUGCCAAUGAGACAACAGGGUCUGGGCCCUAACUUCCUGUCUGGAUCUACAGUAAAACAACCCUGGUGUCUUGAAGUCAAGACUGCACAGAGUUCUGCAUCAAAGGGAUGAGAUUAAACUGAAUAGAGAAAAAUUAUAUCAUGGAAAAAACUAUGUGCAUACUGUAUGGAAGAAUGAACAGAGGGAUGGUCUAUGGAGUGAUGAAGAGAGACAUUAUGUAUAUGCAUAAAUUUAAAUGAGAAGCUUCUUAGACAAAAGAAACCAAAUAGUCUGUCAUCUCCAUGGUGUUUUUAAUUGUAAAAAAAAAAGUAUAUAUAUAUAAAUAUAUAUGGAUAUAAAUAUAUGGAAUUAAAAAGGUGACCAAGUUCAGUUGAGGAAUACAGGAAUGAUGUACCUUCUUUCUUUUUUGUAACAACUCCUCCAUAUUUUUCAGGCUUGGAGCACGUUUGUGUGGACCCCAUGCACCUUACCCCUUCCGUUUUGCUACCUGUUGUGAACUGACGAUGCAGAUAAACAUGGCUGCCAUAGCAACAGUGUCUACCGUAAAACAACCUCUCAACUACCAUUGUGAGUCUACCCAGCCAAGGAUUAUAACAGUCCCCCUUGCCUUCGAUAUACCACAGCAGUAUAUUGAAGAACCAUUGCAGAAUGAUAUAGAGAGACUUUUGCAGAUAAACUACCCCAGGUUGACCCUGUUACUGGCUUGGGACAGCAGGUUGAUAAGACAGACGUGAUGCUAACACGGUUGGCUAGUUUGGUGUCUUAUUCCUUUUUUGUACAUGGAAUUCCUCCUCUGCUGACCAAGUCGUUUAGCAUGGGUGUUUUUUUCCCCUCUGUCUAACCCCACACAACUCUGAGUACACACACACAUAUUCCCUCAGCACACAACGACGUGUACAGGUGUGUUGGGGGUACACAACAGGUAUGGUGGGACCAAGGACAAAGGCCGGGGCAAGUGAAGGAGUUUCUGUGUUUUCUUUUCAGUUUGUUCGUGAUGAACAUGUUUCAGUUUGUUCGUGAUGAACAUUCAGCUGCUUUCUG